AUGCCCAACACAGCUAGGCGAACUGCACUUGCAUGCAACUUCUGCCGGCAGCGAAAAGCGCGAUGUUCCGGCGAAUGGCCUCAAUGUCGAACGUGCAAACUCCGCGAUCGAGACUGCGAAUACCCUGGGUCUAUUCCACCGGCUUCGGUUUUGUCGACCCCGGGACAUGCGAAUGCUGAGACGGAGUUCCAGCUGCCGCCGCUGUCGCUGCGGAGAUUGGCAAUCAGCUUCUUCCGUGAGAACUAUGCCAAAAGCCUGCUGUGCUUCUUGCCCCCGCAACAACUGGUCGAAGAUGCUGCAGGAGAAGGUUUGCCUCUGCCACUUUUGGUGUGCAUCAUUGCUCUGACUUCGCGAAAAGAAGUUGACAGUCUCUGCAAUCAGCCGUCCAUCACACACAUCCAAUGUUGUCUAAUCCUCUGUGUUGUGGAGGUCGGAGAAGGCCUCGAGCAUCAAGCUUGGUUACGACUAGGACAUGCUGCUCGCCUGGCCCAAUUGGCGCGUCUACAUAAACAAGAUCCGGAACACACAAAUUUCGACUGGGGAGACGCGCUACGAGAAUAUUCACUCACAGAGCUCGAGAUCCGUCGUCGGACGUUCUGGUGUCUGUUCUGCUUAGACCACCUGCUUGCCAAUGGCCGUGAUCGAAUAGCAACCUUUGCCUCGGCCGACAUCACCACGCAUUUGCCCCAGCUAGAUGAAGAUUUCAUCUUUGGUCGAUAUCGCAAAACGGGACGUCUCUCAGACAUGCAUGACGGUGUCGAUGAGUGCUUGUUCUCUCACACCAUCCGAAUCAUCGAUCUUCUAGGCAACAUCGUCCUAUGGCAUGGCCGAUCUGGCCGUCGUCAAGAUGCUCGGUGUCCCUGGUUGCCGGACAUGCCUUUUACUAUUCACUCUGAGGCUCUUGCUGCAUGGAGAAAGCGUCUUCCUAGUUACUGGGAUUACCAGCCUCAAAAUGUUUCGCUAGUUGUUGCCGCUGGCCAGGGCCAGCUCUGGUCAUUGAUGUUCUUGCUAUACUUCCACGCAAAGACAUAUCUCUAUCGUGAAUACCUUCCUUUCACCCCUUCUCCUUCGUAUGAUCCAAAUACCGGUCCUGCCGAUGGGCCUACACUUCUUCCCGUAGACUGUGCGCCGCCACCAGGUUGGUGGUUCAAUUAUGCAACAACGAUGCUGGAGAGUGCCAAUUCUGUAGCCACUUUAUACUCCCAAAUGCAUGACCUGGACCUCGCGCCAUCUGCGUUCCCGUUCACUGGUCUCUGCUUGUUCACAUCUGCUAGCAUUCAUGCCAUGUUCACCAUUUUUGAAUGGGACAGUCUUCAGCAUGUCACAUCGAAACGAGCCGCGAGAAGGAAUCUAUCCAUCGCUAUGCGAGGUUUCAACUCUCUUGGCCAGUAUUGGGACCUCUCCAUUCACUGGAUCCGUCAAAUAUCCCUGUUCUACAAACUCAACUACCUCACUCAUCUCUCCUUUCUCACGUCCCCGGGUACCACGACAAUAUCAACCAUGAAUAUCGCGGACAUCAAAGAUGGAAUCAUGAACUACCUCCGCCAGCUUAACCCUACAGACCGAACAUCACGUCGAACCAAUCUCAAACCAACAUUUGAUUUUGAAGGCUGGCUCAAAACAGUCGAAUCUGGCACAAUCAGAAGCGACUCCCAACACAGAAACGGCCUAUCACCUGAAAGCUCACGACAAUCCUCAUACCGAGAUGUAAACCAAGGCCCUAGUCCGGUUGACUCUAGCAAUGAACCCAGUCAUAAUAUUUACUAUCACGGAGCAGCAAUUGCACCAGAUGAUGACUUACUGGGGGCGUUUUCUUUAGUUCCUUCGGAUGAAUGGGAUGAUCUAAGCUUGAAAGCUACUUUCUGGGACCAACCUACCCAGAACUUUAGGAGGUGUUAA